GUCAAAAGACAUGCUGCGCUGGGCGGGGAUGAUGGAAUACGUUACCCAUGGGAACAAGCCUAUACUGGAUAUGACACAUGUCCCUGGGAUAAAGCUUCAAUGUAUCAAUUGCAUGUUACUGCAGACGUUUCUUACGCCCUGCGUCAAUAUCUUUACGCCACAAAUGACGUCGACAUUUUACGCACAGGAAAGGGUAGAAAGUUGGCAGUGGAAAUUGCAAGAUUUUGGAGCAAACGCGCGAAGCUUAUUAGCGCAGAGAAGGGAUAUGGUAUAUAUGCCGUGAUGGGUCCAGAUGAAUACCACUACAAUGUGAACAACUCUAUUUUCACCAACUAUAACGCCAAACUGAGUCUGCUACUUCCAAGCUAUAUUCAAGAUACACUGGGAAUGUCCUAUCCUGCUUCGGUGCAAGUUGAGAUUUCAAAGUGGCUAGAACAAGCAGCAAAGAUGUACCUUCCCUUUGAUUCAGAGUCGCAAUAUCAUCCGCAGUUUGAUGGAUUCGAUAUUAAAAAUUCUACGAUUAAACAGUCCGAUGUAGUCCUUCUUGGAUACCCAUUGAUGAUGGAGAUGACCCCUACUGUCCGUAAAAACGACCUUGUAAUAUAUGAAGAGUUAACAGAUAAGUAUGGUCCAGAUACUGGCACUUGGAGCAUGCAUACAGUUGGUUGGCUAGAGUUAGGCAACUAUACCAAGGCCAACGAGAUGUUUGAGGUCAUGUUCAGAAACGUCAAUGGGCCAUUUAAGAUAUUUAGCGAAAAACCAGCCGACGGGGAAGAAGGAAUGCGAUGCACUAAUUUUAUUACUGGGGCUGGUGGAAUGUUACAAUCAGUCGUGUUUGGCUAUGGUGGUAUCAGACUAAGGGGACACUCAAUGGAAAUUUCCCCUGCAAUGAUCCCAGGAGCCUCGCUUUGGCAGAUAAAAGGCUUACAUUAUCGCAGCGCCAUCUUUGAUUUGAUAGUCGAUAACGAUCACAUGACAUUGACUUUGACGUCAAUUGAAGCCAACAGAGGCCCGGAUAUGUAUAUUACUUACGGAAAUACCAACGCGCACGGCAACAAGUUUGAGUUGGGAAUACCAAUAAAACUAUCGCACCAAACAGUGAGGAUAACCACUAAAAGGGAAUUUACGGGCACUAUUAGUCCAAGUCAGAUACCAUCGCUUUCCAAUCAUCUGAAACUAAAUAGUUAUGUAGUUAUACUACUUGUUUAUUUUACAAUGAUAGUUUCAUAUUAACUCACAUUGUAGUGUUAAGCAGACAUACCUAUGCAUUAUAACAACAGAAUUAUAAUGAUAUUAAUAAUGCUAAAAGUGUAUGGGCGUUGUCUUUAUGCAUAAAAAAUACUUAGUUGUAGAGGAAUUCGUAGACUUGUAGGGGAGGCCAGAUCAAUGUAUAUACAAUGGAGCAAAACGGUCCAUUCGAUGUUCACCAUUUUAAUUUCGAAAUGAAAAUGUUAUAUUUUACGACAUCGAAUAUAAUUGUUUGUCAGUUUGAGCAAACCUCAGCGAUCUUUAAAGCAAUCCAUAUAAAAGAGAAGGAUUCAUAUUUUGGACGUAAGGACUGUCAAACUGACAUAACGUGUGAUGCGUCUCUCCUAAUAGACUUAUAUCGGCAUAAAAUUACAUGCACACAGUGAAACUAUGUAAGCAUCUAAAUGAAAAGCACGAUGCCAUGAUUGUAAAUUAUUAUAUUUAGAUAUUUGAUUUCAGAUUUCAAAUAUAAUUUCAACUCCAUGAUUCAAAUUACUAACGUGUCAUUGCACAUAUUCUUCUCGCAAUAUCAGGAAUCGACGGCAACAUAUUAUUUAUGUCUUUAAAUGAUCUGAAAUGUCUAUCUUUCGGUUCAUCCGGGAUUUUCCUUUCGAUUACCCUCGGUCUAUCAUUGUCCAGUUUAGGUUUAUCAUCAUCUGAUGUGGGCAGAGUACUUGGAAUGUAUAGUAGAACCACGUUCACUUUGUCCUCUCUUGCGUUUAGUGCACCUCCAGCUUUUAAUGUUUUUGCUUGGAUUUUAGCCUUCAGAAUUCGACCAUCUGUUACAUGAAUAAGUACAUUCUGGGCCAAUGGUCGGUCACCUCCACCUGGAGUGAAUACAACCUCAUUUGCAUAAUCAAACGCGAGAUCUACACGUGAUCUUCUUUGGCGAAUCAUAGACAUGUUUUCAAUAGCGGCCAAUGUCCCUGCUUUUGUGCUGGACGCUGAUUGGUUAAACAGUAGUUCAGUCGUCACGUUCUUGUUAUAUGUUAUAAGAGCAACUUUGACCGUUCUAUUACUGUUUCCGACGUUGACGAAUUGUUCCACCAAUGCUUUCAUGGCAUCGCGAACAAUAACGAUGUUUUCCUUGGAAAUGCUUUGCGAGUGGUCAAGCAUAAUGAGGACAUCCAAGAAAACGUCCUUAUCACACGAUUCAAUUAUUUCUCCUUUAUCGGUAGGCGCUGGUUCCGUUUGUGCUCGGAUUAUGGCCACCCCUAACGCCAUCAAAAAAGCUGUUUUUAUAUACAUAAUUUCAGCAGCCACGUGAUUUCUUAUCUUACCAAGGGUUUUCGAAAUCGAAUACAUUAAAUAUUGCUUUUAUCUGUUUCAUUUUAUGCCAUACCAUGAAUAUGCAUUGUUCGUUU